AGUAGUAGUAGUAGUAGUAGUAGUAGUAGUAGUAGUAGUAGUAGUAGUAGUAGUAGUAGUAGUAGUAGUAGUAGUAGUAGUAGUAGUAGUAGUAGUAGUAGUAGUAGUAGUAGUAGUAGUAGUAGUAGUAGUAGUAGUAGUAGUAGUAGUAGUAGUAGUAGUAGUAGUAGUAGUAGUAGUAGUAGUAGUAGUAGUAGUAGUAGUAGUAGUAGUAGUAGUAGUAGUAGUAGUAGUAGUAGUAGUAGUAGUAGUAGUAGUAGUAGUAGUAGUAGUAGUAGUAGUAGUAGUAGUAGUAGUAGUAGUAGUAGUAGUAGUAGUAGUAGUAGUAGUAGUAGUAGUAGUAGUAGUAGUAGUAGUAGUAGUAGUAGUAGUAGUAGUAGUAGUAGUAGUAGUAGUAGUAGUAGUAGUAGUAGUAGUAGUAGUAGUAGUAGUAGUAGUAGUAGUAGUAGUAGUAGUAGUAGUAGUAGUAGUAGUAGUAGUAGUAGUAGUAGUAGUAGUAGUAGUAGUAGUAGUAGUAGUAGUAGUAGUAGUAGUAGUAGUAGUAGUAGUAGUAGUAGUAGUAGUAGUAGUAGUAGUAGUAGUAGUAGUAGUAGUAGUAGUAGUAGUAGUAGUAGUAGUAGUAGUAGUAGUAGUAGUAGUAGUAGUAGUAGUAGUAGUAGUAGUAGUAGUAGUAGUAGUAGUAGUAGUAGUAGUAGUAGUAGUAGUAGUAGUAGUAGUAGUAGUAGUAGUAGUAGUAGUAGUAGUAGUAGUAGUAGUAGUAGUAGUAGUAGUAGUAGUAGUAGUAGUAGUAGUAGUAGUAGUAGUAGUAGUAGUAGUAGUAGUAGUAGUAGUAGUAGUAGUAGUAGUAGUAGUAGUAGUAGUAGUAGUACAGCAGCAGCAGCAGCAGCAGCAGCAGCAGCAGCAGCAGCAGCAGCAGCAGCAGCAGCAGCAGCAGCAGUAGCAGUAGCAGUAGCAGUAGCAGUAGCAGUAGCAGUAGUAGUAGUAGUAGUAGUAGUAGUAGUAGUAGUAGUAGUAGUAGUAGUAGUAGUAGUAGUAGUAGUAGUAGUAGUAGUAGUAGUAGUAGUAGUAGUAGUAGUAGUAGUAGUAGUGCGGUCGGCGAGGUCCAUCGCCGCAUCAUCGCCAGGGCAGUCAUGCGAGUGGUGGAGAGCGAUGUUAUGGACGUUGUUGCACCUUCCCAAUUAUGCGUUGGAAUCCCAUCCGCCUGCGAGACUUGUGUCCACGCUAUGCGUGAAGGGUUCAAUAACCCCAGCACGGAAGGAAUCCUGUUAG